CUUUUACUUCCCAAAUAUACCCUCAUCGGCCUUCGUUCGAGAGAGAGAGCGAGGAAGAGGUUCAGGAAGUUUUAGCUGAUUGCUGUAAAGGGCUUUUCCGUCUUAAACAGAAAAAAGAGCUCUUCGCAGUAUCAGCUUCUCUUCAUAAAACCGAUCCAAUGGCUCGCUCUUUCGUGACCGCUAAUCUCCUCUCUGCUAUCGCUGAUGGCGUCUCCCUCGCAAUCACAAGGCGUUGUUACUCUACAACAUCCCGAGGCCUUGUUUCAAGCGUGGGAAGAGGUGGAAGGAGUGGGGUAGCCAAGACAGGGGAAGAGAAGGUGAAGAAGGCAAUUAAAGAAGCUGAAACAUCAUGGGUGCCGGAUCCCGUCACCGGCUACUACCGGCCGGCGAACCGGGCUGGCGAAGUCGAUGCAGUCGAACUGCGAGAGAUGCUCCUGAAGCAGAAACUCCACCAACACUAAAGGCUAGGAUUCAAUCUUAGAUAGCUUUCUUUCACUCACGUCAGCAAAUUUAUGUUAGACCAUAUGAAUGUAGUGAAAUGGGUGGAUGAUCAUCUCCUUCUCCUUAAUUUUAGAAUAAUAAUCUAAUGAAAUUUUCAUAA